CUCCUCUCCUUAUAUUCAAUCAUCCUGUCCUCCCUGUUGUUAUCUCCCUCCAUCCCUCCGUUCUGAGUAGUCAUGGUAUCCAUAGUGGUGGAACACAUCUUUCUCUUGGUCAUCGUCACUCUCAUUAGCGUCCUGCAGAAUGGUAAGACAAUUAAUACACUUUAUAUCAAUUAUUAUGGUUAUUAUUAUCAAAAAUUUUAUUUUACUACAUGUAUUAUUUUAUUUCAACUAGGAUGUCCCAUUCACAUGAAUAAUAUAUUUAUAGAAAGGAGACCUGGCCAAAAAGACAACUGUGGCGAAGUUACUUGCAUUGUCAUUGUCAGUGAGAGAAUAAAUAAACUUUAUUGGUCUUUUUCCCAGACAUAUAUUAAACCUAAUCCUGGAAUAAAAAACACUUUCAAUGGCGAUUUUAGUCCAGGACUAGGCUUUAUCUGUGUCUGGGAAACCGGCCCUAUCUCAGCUGAGUGACUAUAAACGUAAUAUCGAUUAAAAUAUAUAUUUUAUUUGAACCAGGAAGUCCCACCAUUGAGAUAAAUAAUACCUUUAUAAAUGGAGACCCGAGGAGGAUUUCCUCGCAUUGUAAAGUAGCUUACUAUGUGAUUUAUUAAGACUAAUAGGCAUUAGUAGUGGUGACAUGUUCUUUGUUUUUCAUACUGUAAAAUGUUUUUUAUCAUUUAAUCUUUCGGUUGAUGCUUUGAAUUGAAUACCAUGCCUAGCUUUUUUAAAUUACGGUAUAUCACUUGAAAAUCAAGUAUUUUCCUUAGCUUCUCUGAUCGAUGAUGAAAUACAUUUCUGACUGUUGGUGAUGUAUCUGUUGUGUUAUUUACAGCUUUCUUUGCAACAAAAGUAGAGAAGGAAGGUAAAGUGCAAAACACCAAAACUUCUGCUUUUGAGAGAGUGUCUUGCGCCAAGUAAGUGACUUUCACACAUGCACACACACACACACACACACACACACACUGUUAUAUGUACAGUUAUAUUCUUUCCCUGUGUAUUUAGAAUAUUAACUAAGCCAUAACCCUAACAAGGACGUUCCAUUUGAACCGUGUUGAACUGUUGUUCCAGUUUGACAUUAUUUCCCAAUGUUCUUUACUGCUUAUUACAUGUACAUGAACGCUACUACCCCCAUGUACCAAGCCAUAACCUAAUAAUAACCAAGCCACAACCCACACAAGACUGCGUGUUUCUGUACACAUUGGUUUUGUUGGCUUUGUGAUAAGGGUUUUGCAUAUCCCAUGUCUCCUUUCUCUUCCAUCUGAGUAGUCGACUUUUCCAUCUGAUUUCCAUCUCUCCUAACAUUAGUAACCAUCCCAUGGAGUUUCCUCAAACUCCAACCAGACCAGGUUAUAGCCACCCUAUUUUCUAUUUAUAGUGCGUAACUGUUGACCAGGGCCCGUAGUGCCCGACCCUGGUCAACUGUAGUGUCAUAUGUAGGGUGCAGGGAGUAGGGUGUAGGAAGUAGGGUGUAGGGUGCAGGGUGUAGGGUGUAGGGAGUAGGGUGUAGGGAGUAGGGUGUAGGGUGUAGGGUGAAGGGAGUAGGGUGUAGGGAGUAGGGUGUAGGGAGUAGGGUGUAGGGAGUAGGGUGUAGGGUGUAGGAAGUAGGGUGUAGGAAGUAGGGUGUAGGGAGUAGGGUGUAGGGUGUAGGGAGUAGGGUGUAGGGAGUAGGGAGUAGGGUGAAGGGAGUAGGGUGAAGGGAGUAGGGUGUAGGGAGUAGGGUGUAGGGAGUAGGGUGUAGGGAGUAGGGUGUAGGGUGUAGGGAGUAGGGUGUAGGGUGUAGGGUGUAGGGAGUAGGGAGUAGGGUGAAGGGAGUAGGGUGUAGGGAGUAGGGUGUAGGGAGUAGGGUGUAGGGAGUAGGGUGUAGGGUGUAGGGAGUAGGGUGUAGGGAGUAGGGUGUAGGGAGUAGGGUGUAGGGUGCCAUUUGGGAGGCAGCCGUCUCUCCUGACAUUAUAACCAUCACAGAGUUCCAUAAAAAACACAUCAGGUGUAGUUCUUUCUGCUUACUGUGUGGAACUGCCCUGGUGGCUGUAGGGGAGGUUAGAUUGGGGCUGUAGGGGAGGUUAGAUUGGGGCUGUAGGGGAGGUCAGACUGGGACGGUUUCCUGUACAGAUGUUAAGUCUUGGACUAAAAAGCAUACUCAACGGAAACAGCCCCAUUAUAAGUGCUUUGUAUUCCAGGACUUGGCUUAAUCUCAGACCAGGAAAUCGGCCCAUAGGGUGCAUCUCAAUAGUUUGAAGUGGCUUCCUCUUCUUGUCUCCUUUCCUUUAAAAGUUCAGGUAUAAAAGACGAAUAACGUAGAUGAAGACAGACACAUGAAGGAACAGAGGAUCAGAACUGUUGUUUCAAUGUCUUUAAUUGGAGGCCAUCGUUAUUGCACUGAUGUACUUCCUGUACUAAAAAAAGGAAACAGUGGACCCACAUCCUUUCUCUACUCUGCACUUUAGCACACACUCAUAUCACAACUGCUGCUACUACACUUAUAAUAUACCAUUUAGCAGACGCUUUUAUCCAAAGCGACUUACAGUCAUGCGUGUAUACAUUUUUUAUUUUAUGGGUGGUCCCGGGGAUCGAACCCACUACCUUGGCGUUACAAGCGCCGUGCUCUACCAGCUGAGCUACAGAGGACCACUUAUAUUAUACUGCUCAGUUUUAUAAACUAAAAAUGUAUGCACGCAUGACUGUAAGUCGCUUUGGAUAAAAGUGUCUGCUAAAUGGCAUAUUAUUAUCAUGUGUGAAGAAACACACUCACUCAAACACACAAAGUAAAACAUUUUGCAACAAAAACAAGAGUUUCUUGAUGGAUAAGUUCAGGAAGUUGCUGUGUGGCUGCGUUGAGUCACACAUUAAAUAUAUUUUUCUAACACCCCACCCUCCCUCCACCCCUCCUUCUUAGUGUGAGAGGGGCUGAGGAUGUUGUCAUCCCAUUUCAUCAACGUUCCUUUACUGACACACUACAGAGAGAGUCCUUUACUAACCACAGAAUAUGUGCAAUAGAUAUUGUAAGGGCUCUAUUCAAUAGCACUACUGGGUGAUCUGAAAAGUCAUAAGUCAAUCGAUCAAUAAUAUAAUAAUACUUUUAGCAAAAAUGUUUAUUUUCAAUUUACAAUCUGUAGUAACAAUGAAAAUAGAAGGGUUCAGAACUUUUGUGAAACAUCACAGUACAGUUGAAAAAUAUAUGGCAAAUAGAAAUCCAAUAUGAAUGGUGUUAAGAGAUGGGAGGUGUUGAAUGGAGCUGAAGGAUGGGACUAAUAACAACAACUAUUAACAAGAAGAUAACUAAUGUAAAGCAUACUGUGUCCAUAAUCAGUAUAUACAGUGGGGAGAACAAGUAUUUGAUACACUGCAGAUUUUGCAGGUUUUCCUACUUACAAACAUGCAGAGGUCUGUAAUUUUUAUCAUAGGUACACUUCAACUGUGAGAGACGGAAUCUAAAACAAAAAUCCAGAAAAUCACAUUGUAUGAUUUUUAAGUAAUUAAUUUGCAUUUUAUUGCAUGACAUAAGUAUUUGAUCACCUACCAACCAGUAAGAAUUCCGGCUCUCACAGACCUGUUAGUUUUUCUUUAAGAAGCCCUCCUGUUCUCCACUCAUUACCUGUAUUAACUGCACCUGUUUGAACUCGUUACCUGUAUUAAAGACACCUGUCCACACACUCAAUCAAACAGACUCCAACCUCUCCGCAAUGGCCAAGACCAGAGAGCUGUGUAAGGACAUCAGGGAUAAAAUUAUAGACCUGCACAAGGCUGGGAUGGGCUACAGGACAAUAGGCAAGCAGCUUAGUGAGAAGGCAACAACUGUUGGCGCAAUUAUUAGCAAAUGGAAGAAGUUCAAGAUGACGGUCAAUCACCCUCGGUCUGGGGCUCCAUGCAAGAUCUCACUUCGUGGGGCAUCAAUGAUCAUGAGGAAGGUGGGGGAUCAGCCCAGAACUACACGGCAGGACCUGGUCAAUGACCUGAAGAGAGCUGGGACCACAGUCUCAAAGAAAACCAUUAGUAACACACUACGCCGUCAUGGAUUAAAAUCCUGCAGCGCACGCAAGGUCCCCCUGCUCAAGCCAGCGCAUGUCCAGGCCCGUCUGAAGUUUGCCAAUGACCAUCUGGAUGAUCCAGAGGAGGAAUGGGAGAAGGUCAUGUGGUCUGAUGAGAAAAAAAUAGAGCUUUUUGGUCUAACCUCCACUCGCUGUGUUUGGAGGAAGAAGAAGGAUGAGUACAACCCCAAGAACACCAUCCCAACCGUGAAGCAUGGAGGUGGAAACAUAAUUCUUUGGGGAUACUUUUCUGCAAAGGGGACAGGACGACUGCACCGUAUUGAGGGGAGGAUGGAUGGGGCCAUGUAUCGCGAGAUCUUGGGCAACAACCUCCUUCCCUCAGUAAGAGCAUUGAAGAUGGGUCGUGGCUGGGUCUUCCAGCAUGACAACGACCCGAAACACACAGCCAGGGCAACUAAGGAGUGGCUCCGUAAGAAGCAUCUCAAGGUCCUGGAGUGGCCUAGCCAGUCUCCAGACCUGAACCCAAUAGAAAAUCUUUGGAGGGAGCUGAAAGUCCGUAUUGCCCAGCGACAGCCCCGAAACCUGAAGGAUCUGGAGAAGGUCUGUAUGGAGGAGUUGGCCAAAAUCCCUACUGCAGUGUGUGCAAACCAGGUCAAGACCUACAGGAAACGUAUGAUCUCUGUAAUUACAAACAAAGGUUUCUGUACCAAAUAUUAAGUUCUGCUUUUCUGAUGUAUCAAAUACUUAUGUCAUGCAAUAAAAUGCAAAUUAAUUACUUAAAAAUCAUACAAUGUGAUUUUCUGGAUUUUUGUUUUAGAUUCCGUUUCUCACAGUUGAAGUGUACCUAUGAUAAAAAUUGCAGACCUCUCCAUGCUUUGUAAGUAGGAAAACCUGCAAAAUCGGCAGUGUAUCAAAUACUUGUUCUCCCCACUGUAGGUUAUAGGUUGAGAGCUUUUGUGAAAGAGCACAGUUAGAAAGAUAUGGUAUAUAGAAGCAAAGCGGAUGGACAUCAUGAAA